AUGGACCAUGAUGUGCGCACAGGCACGUUCGCUCGGUUCACUGUGCUCACCGACCGUCUUGUGCGGAUGGAGUUCUCUUCUCGUGGUGUCUUUGAGGACAGAGCGACGUUGACUUUCAUAAACCGGGAGCUUCCUGUUCCAUUCUUUAGAGUGGAGGAGGAAUCGCGGGCAGAUGGAGAGAGAUUCAUCGUCAUAUCCACCAAGGAGAUCAGCGUACACUAUCAGAUAAACAGCAGCUUUUCUGCUUCGACCUUGUUUGUCAAGGGAUUGAAUCCCAACUCCGCCUUCGAGAGUUGGCACUAUGGGGAAAGAGAUCACGGGAACCUCUUGGGAACCUUGCGAACGUUGGACGAUGCCUCCGUCCUGAAUCUCAACUGCACAGAGCUGGUGCAGGAGAAUGGAAACAGCUGCGGAUGGGAUCGAUCGGAUUGCAACUGUGACUGGGGGAUCAUCUCUCGCGAUGGUUGGGUGGUUGUCGACGACUCGCAGAAUUUCUGCCUGCGUGACGACACCGACUGGUGGGACGGACAAAACCAGGAUGAAGAGGAUUUGUACCUCUUUGCUUACGGGCACGCUUACAAACAAGCGCUCAACGACUAUGCCCGGGUAUCAGGCAAGAUUGCGAUGAUCCCCAAGUACGCGCUCGGAGUCUGGUGGACUCGUUGGAUCAACCUUUGCCAUGAAGACGUUGUUCACAUCGUGGAGGAAUUUUCUAGGAAGAAUGUCCCCCUUGACGUUUUUGUUCUUGACAUGAACUGGCACACGAAGAAUGGAUGGACGGGAUAUUCGUUCGAUCGAAAUCUAUUUCCAUUCCCACGUGACACCAUGUCCUUCCUCCACAACAACAGUUUGGCCGUCUCUGUGAAUUUGCACGAUGCCGAUGGCGUUGCACCCUACGAAGAUAUGUACGAGAAGGCUUGCACACUAUUGAAGGAAAUGGACGGAUUUCAAUGUCGUCUCAGUGAUUCAACCUUUCGCACAAUCCCGUUUAACAUCACAGAUGAAAAAAGCAUCAUGGCACUAGAAGAUGUUGUGCUUGCCGAUGUAGAGGAUACCGGCGUCGAUUUUUUCUGGAUCGACUGGCAGCAGGGCCAGGCGUCACACGGUGCGAUUGGAGGCAAGCAGAACCCGACGAUAUGGACGGCUCACGUCAGAUCGACGGAUCAUGCUCGACGGGGCUCGGGGAAAAGAAGCAUGGUUCUAUCGCGCUGGGGGGGGCUGGGAGCUCACAGGUAUCAGGUCGGGUUUUCCGGGGAUGUGCGCGAGCUCAGCUGGGAGAACUUGGCGUUCCAACCUUACUUCACUUUCACCGCAGCGAACGUGGGCUUCAGCAUGUGGAGCCACGACCUGGUUGGCCCCGGCGAUGACCCUGAACUCUACGUCCGUUGGAUGCAGUUUGGCUCGGUCUCAGGAGUAUGCAGAAUGCACGACCGGGGGAUGUCUGCAGGGGACUGUGCGGACGUGGAGGAGGGUGGGAAGGGCUCUUGCGCCGUCAUAUUCCCCUGGGAAGCAGGUGAGAGAGCUUUCGAAUCCAUCCGUCAUGCUCUCUGGCAGCGGGAGGCGCUCCUUCCGUAUCUCUACACCUCUCUGUGGAGAUCUUUCGACGUCGGACCUGGAGAGGCUCUGGUGCGUCCCAUGUACCACGAGUACCCCGAAGAAGCGCUGGCGUACGCUGGAAAUCGCAGCGGGUUCCUCCCACAGUAUCUGUUGGGAGCCGACAUCAUUGCCAGUCCUGUCGACGUGUCGUCCCCGGGCGGAGGUAUCUUCGCACUGCAGGACGUUUGGAUCCCUAGCGGGAAGACUUACGUCUGCCUCUGCACCGGCUCUGUCCACGUAGGAAGCGACGAUGUGCGCAGAAUUCACUUCGACAUUUCGCAAGUCCCAUUGUUCAUCAGGGCCGGGGCGGUGUUGCCAAGGCUGCCGAUGAACACGACGAACAAGAGAACUUUGGGCCUUGCCAGGCAUGCGAGUGAUGCCGGAAGCAUCGAAUUUCAAAUCUUUGUGGCGGACAGCAAGAAAGGGUCCGGCUUCCUCUACGAAGAUGAUGGCCUGACCACUGAUUAUGUCAAGAGCAUGGGGAGUAGCAUGCGCACUGCAGUGCGCUGGAAGCUGCACGUUCACAAGCAAGAAUUGUUGAUCGCCGUCAGCAGCAAGGGCACAUUUCACAAGGCUCCUGCUCAGCGCGAGAUUCGCUUUCGGCUCCAGCACGUCCCUCCUGCUCAUUCCGUUGACGUCAAGCGUCUCUGCGGGGAGGGCGUUUGGUGUCCCGUGCCAGCGAGUGUAGAGUAUGAUGAAGCAUCGUUGUCUACCCGAAUCAUCGUGGCUCCUGUGGAUCCUUCGCAGCCCCUGAGGGUGAAAGUGCGGCUGAUCGGAUGCGAUCCUUCGAGCGAGGAGGCAUGCGGCGCUUCUCUCUUCGGGCUACAAGGAGUCUUUUCCAAAGCGAGGCAAGCGAAAGGUGAAGUUCUCCGUUCCCUCAUCCCCUCCCCCCCCUCCUACCCGCCUCCUCACGUCUCCUAG